AAUUUUUCUAUAAUUUUAAAAGUAUUUAAGCCAGACCAACGCAUCACACAUUUAUCAGUUUUAUUCUGCUCGUCUGCAAUAAAGCAACUAACAAGCCACAAACAAGCAAAAUGUUCAAAUAUUUCGCACUCGUUUUCGUCGCCAUCUUCGCCUUCGCCGCUGCCGAGCCUAAACCUGCUGUGGUUGCAGCGCCAUUCGCCUAUUCAGCUCCUCUGGUUGCCUCUCCCUACUCCGCUGCCUAUGCUGCCCCAUAUGCUGCUUACGCCGCCGCUCCCUAUGCCGCCUACGCUUCACCUUACGCUUCACCCUACGCCGCCUACUCUGCUUACCCAUACAGCGCCGCCUAUGUGCUCCGCAAGUAAAUGAAAACUAGUGGAAAGGAACCAAAUUGAAGGAUUAUGAAAAUGGAAAAAUAAAACAAAAAGCAUAAACGAUA